CAAUUACCAUGACAGAGACGCAGACGCGCCACAAACGUCUACCGAAAGCAGUCCGAGAGAAGCUGCCGCCAGAGAAUGAGCGUUACGUGCGAUGCUGCGCGGAUAUUGCCAAUUAUCUGGUCGAGGACUUUGAGGCCUCUCAGCAGCCCGAUGCGAAGAAGAAGGACUUGAAUCUGAAUUCACUUCGUGGCUCCUUCUCCAAGAAGCACUACCUGUCCCGCCAGCCGCCUCUCACAGACAUCAUCGCCGCCGUGCCCGAGCAGUACAAAAAAUACAUUCUGCCGAAGCUCAUCGCGAAGCCCAUUCGCAGUGCCAGUGGGAUUGCCGUGGUGGCUGUCAUGUGUAAACCGCACCGAUGCCCUCAUAUCGCGUACACGGGCAACAUCUGCGUCUACUGCCCGGGAGGCCCAGACUCCGACUUCGAGUACAGUACACAAUCCUAUACGGGCUACGAACCGACCAGUAUGCGAGCUAUACGGGCACGAUACGAUCCGUUCGAACAGGCGAGGGGCAGAGUGGAUCAGAUUCGGAACCUGGGACACAGCGUGGACAAGGUCGAGUACAUCAUCAUGGGUGGCACAUUCAUGUCGCUCUCACCCAAGUACCGCGAGACCUUCAUCUCGCAAUUGCACAACGCCUUGUCGGGCUACUCCACAUCGCAGGUCGAUGAGGCAGUUCUAGCAGGUGAGCAGAGCACAACCAAAUGCGUAGGCAUCACGAUCGAGACGAGACCGGAUUACUGUCUGCCGCCUCAUCUCUCCGACAUGCUCCGUUAUGGCUGCACCAGACUCGAAGUGGGUGUGCAGAGCUUGUAUGAAGACGUCGCAAGGGAUACCAACCGCGGUCAUACUGUCAAAGCUGUCUGCGAAACCUUCUGCCAAUCCAAGGAUGCAGGCUUCAAGGUCGUUUCGCACAUGAUGCCCGAUUUGCCGAAUGUAGGUCUCGAGCGCGAUCUCUUCCAAUUUCAAGAAUACUUUUCCAAUCCCGCAUUUCGCACAGACGGUCUGAAGAUUUACCCUACGCUUGUGAUUCGUGGAACAGGACUGUAUGAACUCUGGCGAACAGGACGAUACAAGAAUUAUACGCCCAACGUCCUCAUCGAUAUCGUCGCGCGGAUAUUAGCACUCAUUCCGCCGUGGACGAGAAUCUAUCGUGUGCAACGAGAUAUUCCCAUGCCACUCGUCACGUCUGGCGUCGAGAACGGCAAUCUACGUGAAUUGGCCUUGGCGCGAAUGAAGGACUUUGGCACGACGUGUCGAGAUGUGAGAACGCGAGAAGUCGGCAUCAACGAAGUCAAACACAAGAUCCGUCCGAACCAAGUCGAGCUCGUGCGGCGAGAUUAUGUCGCCAACGGAGGCUGGGAGACCUUCCUCGCGUACGAAGACCCGAAACAGGACAUUCUCAUUGCCCUACUACGCCUGCGAAAGUGCUCGGAGAAGUACACGUACCGGGAAGAGUUGACAGGGCAGCAAUCGAGCUUGGUCCGAGAACUUCAUGUGUAUGGAAGUGCGGUGCCGAUCCACGAGAGGGUGAAGGGGAAAUCGCAGCAUCAGGGUUACGGGACUCUGCUAAUGCAGGAGGCUGAGAGGAUCGCACGAGACGAGCAUGGCAGCAAGAAAAUUGCCAUCAUCUCUGGUGUUGGCGUCCGAGGAUAUUACAGGAGACUAGGGUACUGGCUCGAUGGUCCAUAUAUGAGUAAAUGGUUGGAGCCAGAGGAUGAAAGUGAUGAAAGUGAUGAUUGAGAGAUUGCGGAAUGGAGCGAGCUCGAGCAGGAGACAAUGAUACCCA